AUGCUGCUCAACUACAGCUUCACUAUCGAGUACAUCAACACAAAGGAUUUCGGCAAAGUGGAUGCUCUUUCACGUUUCGACUCGUCACAGUCAUCGUUGCCGGAGGACUACGUGAUCGCAGCAGUAGAUGCUGAUGUCAUUUCCGAGUUCUCAGGGAACUGUCGUCAUCUUUCAAUAUCCGCCAAAUUCAUUCGGAUUGCUACGCAAGCCGAUUGUCUUAUCCAGCUUGUGAUCGACUAA